UGAAGUUCUGACUUCUGUAACAUGUGCGUAUGAGAAAGAAUAAGUUGUUUUUUGUCAUUGGUGAAUUAAAAAAAUUGUCAGCAGAAGAUUAAUCGAGUUGCUGUUAUAGUAAUUAUUUUAUAAUUUUGAGAUAAACAUUAGACUAUCAUCAUCCUGAAUUUUUGGGCCGUUGUUGUUAAUUCGUUCCGAUUUCUUUGGCUCGGGUAAUGGAUGUAAUGGGUACAGAGUAACAUUUAAUGGAGUUAUCAGUUGUGAUCUUCCUACGCUUCAAUUCGGUGCCAAAUUGAGACGGUGAUUAAGUUCUGUGUGUAAAUGUAUUUAUAAGUUGUCAUUAUUUUGAUCGUGUAUUGCUUGUCAGUUGUCAGAAAAAAAACCUUACUUUCUGGCACAAUCAGCGCCGUGCUGUUGUGAUCCCAUAGGCCAUACCUCUUUCGCGGUUAAAUGACAAAAAACUCGUAAUCAAUGGGGAUCAAAGGUGUCGUCAUCUGCUUUACGAUUGUAUAGUUGUAUUAAUGUUGCACUGCAAAAAUAACACAAGAAGAUCCGUUAAGCAAUGGAGAGGACAGGUCGUGCUCAUUGUCUUGUAAGAAUGAUCUGGAUCAUCUGCUGUCUUCUGCUGCAACAAGCAUCAGGAAUGUACGAUCCAGCAUUAGCAAGGAUGAUCGUGGGUAAUCUGCUGCAGUGCUAUCAGUGUCAAUUUGAUCGUUCCACCAAUCUGUGCGUCGAAGAUAUGGGAAUAAAUACGACAUGCACAACUGGAAUAAAUUUCUGUCAGAUGGGAGCGCAGUUAAAAGCAGACGGUCGCAAUGGGUUAAUGAACCGAGAUUGCGCUACCAAUGUUAACGAUGAGGACGACAUAAAGUUGUGGAGCAGGCUACCGCCAGGAGCAAAAUAUAUUUGCGAAAACAUUUUUCCGGCUGCAAACAACCGUCCCGAUCGAAUCUGCAUCUGCAACACACCCUUGUGCAAUACUCUCUCUUGGGAUGAGGCCAUGGUGCAGCCAUUACUACCGAACGGUUACAGUGAUGCGGACAGCCCAAGAGUUCCAACACUGGGAAACAAUUCGUAUCGAAACUAUUUCGACUUCACCACAUCGAAGCCGCCCACUACGAAUGAUGCUGCUAAUGGUACUCGCACAGGUUCGGAUUCGGACACUGCAGCUUCCGAUUCAAAAGGUUUGUCAGUGGGAGCGAUUAUAGGAAUUGUUAUCGGCUCGCUGGCAUUCCUCUGCUUACUUGUGGCAGCUGCGAUUUAUGCAUACCGGCGAUAUCAUAAAAAGAAGAAACCAGUGCCAAUGGAGGAGAAUGAGGAAGAUGCCGUGGGAAGUCACUCCUCACGUACAUCAGUAAAUGCUGCCGGUACUGCCGGAAACAGCGCUGUGAAGAAAACGUCAUCUGAAAAAAAGACGGCGUCUUCUGAGAAAACGGCAACCUUGUCGCCGCCGGAUGGAAGAGACAACACAGACAGACACAAACCUAAACCACUGCCGGAGAAAUCAGACAAAUCAGAAACCCAGGUGUACACGGAGAAUAAAGGGGGCAAAAUGUUCUGGGGAGAAACGUAUCAGUAGCAGUUAAGGAGACUGCGAGACCGAGGCAAACUCUUACUAGUAGGCACUAGGCAGUAAUGGCAAUAUGUAAUGCAAUCGAUUCGGAUCGAAUAGUGCACAUAACACAUGCAGCGUGGCUUUAGGAGAAUUAUUAUUAGCCGUUGGUAUGGUGCACUGUGCACAUAUUGAUAUGGCUGCGGGCUGCAUAAUUUUAAGUACUGUGAGCGUAUCGGGGCAGUAAGGCUGAAAGUUUGUGUUAUCGGUUGUCAGCAGAACUCUUUAGGUCUGCGUUACAUGUUGCACGUUUGGUUGUGUGAUGCAUGCUGUAAUAUGGGCCGUAUGCACUACGCUGUAAAGGAGU